GUCUCCAAUUUCCUUUGAUCACAUUUGGCGUUUAUCUCAAAAGUAACGAAACGUGUGAGUUUAACCCAAGCCGCUAUUUCCAAUCUUCGAUUAAUGUAAAAAGUUGUCAAAUUUCUUUAAUUUACCCACUAAUCUCUAUUAUAAUUUUGUAGCGUUACAAUGUUUAUUUUCUACACAGUAAAAAUGACAAAUGAAUAUCUAGUAAAAGCGAGGAGAAAACUUUUUUUUUUUAAGUAAUAGAGGAUGUAGAGGAGAGAAGUGCCAAUUUUGGACUUUUUGGGUAAAGUUUGGGUACUUUACGUAAAUAAAAACAAAUAUGGGACAGAAAUCAAAUCCCGUAAGAUUCGGGUUUGUCUAUUCUCGAAAGUGAAGUGAAGUGAAGUGUGCGUCUAGCGUCUUGACUCGCUUGUUCUUCCACAAAACCCAUCUUCAGUAGUCUUCAGUUUCUUUUCUCCGCCACCACACAAACAUAUUCUUUCUUCUUUCUUCUUCUCAUUCUUCUUCGUAAUUUCGUAUUUUCAUACUCUCUAUAUUUAUACAAACAUUUCAUUCGACCUUUCUCUAUUCUAUUCAUUGUCCCCCAAUACUUUCUCCAAAAUAUUGUAUUUUUUCUUCUCAUUCCCCAAUAAUUCUUCUUCUCGGUUCCUAAAUUUGAUUUACAUUUAUCGAUUAGUAUUAAAUUUAUAGUAGAGAAGUUUAAAUGGCACGUGCGUAUGAUCCUCUCUUCAUUACAUCCGACAACUCCCCCAUCGAUGUCCCCUCUCCUUCUUCUUCUUCGAUGACAUUAACCAAAGACGAGCUCAAACGAAUCGCCGCUUACAAAGCCGUCGACUUCGUCAAAUCCAACAUGGUCCUCGGCCUCGGCACCGGCUCCACCGCCAAACACGCCGUCGACCGCAUCGGCGAGCUUCUCCGGCAAGGCAAACUCGAGAACAUCGUCGGGAUACCCACGUCCAAGAAGACGCAGGAGCAUGCUCUCUCUCUCAACAUCCCUCUCUCCGACCUCGACGCGCAUCCCGUCGUCGACCUCUCCAUAGACGGCGCCGACGAGGUCGACCCUCGUCUCAACCUCGUGAAAGGCCGCGGAGGGUCUCUCCUCCGGGAGAAGAUGAUCGAAGGAGCUUCCAAGAAGUUCGUGGUGAUCGUCGACGAGUCGAAGAUGGUGAAGCAUAUCGGUGGAAGCAAGAUGGCUCUUCCGGUGGAGAUUGUUCCCUUUUGCUGGAAGUUCACGGCGGAGAGGCUAAGGAGAGUGAUGGAGGGGUACGGGUGCGAGGCGAGGAUAAGGUUGGGAGAGAAGGGGGAGGCUUUUGUGACGGAUAAUGGGAAUUAUAUAGUGGAUAUGUAUUUGGAGAAGGAUAUGGGAGAUUUGAGUAGGGCUGGAGUGGUGAGUGAUGAGAUUCUGAGGCUACCUGGGGUCGUGGAGCAUGGGAUGUUUCUUGAUAUGGCUUCCACUGUUAUUAUUGCAGGUGAGCUUGGUGUCAAGAUCAAGAACAAACACAGCUCUUGUUGAUUUUCUUGUUUUUUUGGUGGGUAUUAGGAGAAAGAGAGGAUUAUUGAUCAUCAUCAUUUAUAGGUUAUGUAAACUGCAUUUUUGUUUCAUUGGGUGUCUUUCUAAGUAAUGGGCCAAUACAUUCUUAUGUGUUGGGCUUUGCUUCUGUUAAAUACCUUAACGAUAUAGAUAGAGGCUUAUACUGACUACUACUUAGGAUUAUAACUUAUGAAUUUUAUCGCGCUUUUGUUGGUGUAUUCGCCAUCGUCGAAAUGGGAUAAAUUAGGAGAAUAAUUGAUGUAAUCAUCAACGCGAAAGAUUGUGAUUGGGUGUGCAUUAUUUCAGCGUUAAUUAGUUUUGGUAGAAUGGUUGGCCUAAAAGACCAAUUAAAAUAGCACUAUUAACAAAAACUAAUAGUACGUGGUUAGUUAAUCAACCUGUCAAAUGAUCAAUGAUGCCGCACCAGCUUGAACUGACGCACUCGCACCGUCACACGCACCAUGGACGACGUAACUACGAAUCAUUAUUCAGUUAAAUAAAAGAAAGCAUGAAAAUACUUUGGUCUUUUUGCGGAUCUCCAUUUCAUCUAAAUUGUAUUCAUUCUCUCUUUUGUUGAGCUGUUUUUCCCUGGUUAGCUACUUUGAGUCUUUGUUUGACUUUA